AUGAAUCACGCAGUUGGGAGCCAGUCGCUGCCGCUGAGGGUACCGGGUCCCUAUGAGGUGCAGUCGCUCGGGACCCUCCUCGACCAGCCCUAUCGACCUGACCCCCCGGGUCUCCGUCACCGUCUGCUCGCCGGCGUCCCUAGCAAGUGCCCCCCACUCACCGGCUCCACGCCGCACCUCACCCACGCUUCUACGACUCCUGGAGUGGCUCAGACCGGAAGCCGCAAGAGCCGGGGGGCGGGGCCUGUGGGCCUCCCUGCGGAGAAGGACGCUGGAGCAAGGAGCAUGAGGAACAGGUGUCUGUGCCAGAUUUGUACCUGCGGACGGCAUCGUUGUCCACGUGGAAUCACAAGGGUUUAUGAGCAUUCGGGCAUAUCUUGCCCCACGACGGAGUAUUUGGAAAAAUAUCCAAAAUAUGGCGAUGUUCAUCCACCUCAGAGUCUUAAACCAAAGCAAGGAUUUCAAGCAUACCAUGGUACAAUGGAAGGAGUAACCACAUUUAAGUCAGAUUAUCGCCCUUAUGAAGUAGUCAAGCAGCCUCGCCACAUGCCUGAAGAAUAUAAACCCAAACAGGGGGAAAUUGAUCUUGGUACUACCUACAAGCGAGAUUUUAAUCCUUACAAAGUACAGCCUGUGGUAAAAGCCCGGCCUGUGGAAAGACAACAGCUUAAAAAAGGAAAGUUGGACACUGUCCCAACUUAUAAAGAUGAUUAUAGAUCUUGGGAUAUUCAGAAAUGUGAACUUUGCAAACCAGAGCAAGCUUACCAUCCCCCAGAUGUGAAAUUCGGAAACUCAACUACAUUUCAGGAUGACUAUGUUCCCCGGGAGAUUCAGCCUAGGCAAAGCUUUAAGCCCGGCUCUGCAGUCAAGUGUUCAGUGGGCCCUUUUAAUGGUGAUACAAGUCAUCGUCGAGAUUAUGUACCCCAUCAGCUAGAAGUCAAGUUUGCAAAGCCAAAAGAAGUUUAUAAGCCCACUGAGCAGCCUUUUGAGGAUCUCACCACUCACCGGAAUGACUUUCAGGGUCUUACUGGUGAAACUGCAAAAAUCUGCAGACCUACCUAUACCAGAGUGACUCAAAACAUUCAAUUUAAAGGAAGCACUGAAUUCCGUGACAGUUUCCAACCAUGGGAAAUCCCACCACCCAAAGUCAAGAAAGUAGCAGAGUAUGUGCCUCCUUCGGGAAGCAUGCAGUUAACCACCACCAGCCACCUUGAUUAUGUUCCCUAUCAGGCCAGCCGUGUUGUUGCCAUUAGACCAGUUUCUCACAGAAGGCAAAGCAAUCUUCCUUUCCAAGGAAAAAGCACCAUGAAGGAAGAUUUUCCAGCAUGGGAAAAUUGUCGUCAAGGACUUAUUAAGCAGCAGCAACAAAUUCCCAACCCAUCUGGAAAAUUUGAGGGUUUGAGCACUUUCAGAUCUCACUUUGUGCCACAUGAAUUGAUUCCAACGGAGAGCUGCAAACCUUUAAAUGUAGCUCUUAGGAGUUCAGUUCCACUUGAUGAUAUCACCAUGUAUUCUAUGCAGUUCACACCGAAGAAACAGGAAAUCUGCCCAGCUAGCUAUCCUUCUCCUCCUGGUUAUAUAUUUGAAAAUACAAAUUCCCAAGGACAUAAAUUCUUUCGCAAGAUUGUUCCUGCAGUGAAGGCCUUUUAGUAAUGUUUAAAAGAAAGCUAACGAGAGUUUGAUUUUUAAAGAGAAACCACAACUUUUAUAGUAAAAAAAAAUUAUGAGAGCUAUAGAAUUUCACUUUUAGCUUUUUGAACAAGUUGGAACAUAAAGAUCAGAAUUGACAAAUCCAUUCUUUUGAACCAAGGUCGUCCUGUUUAGCACAGGCUACCCUGGAACUUGCAAUCCUCUUGUGUCAGUCUUUGGAUCCAAGAUUGUUCUUUAACAGGCAUUUCUGAAGACUAAAUGAUGGGCCCACUCGUUUACACAUGCUGUCUCAUAGCUUUUUCUCCAUCUGGUGUCAUGUACAUCUCAUUUUACACUUAUGAAGUUAUUCAGCUACUCUGAUCAUCAUUUAUCAAGUACAUUGGGACUGUCUAGAACAAAAUUGAAGAUGAGAUAUAAAU